AAGGACAAUCGGUCUCGUUUCUGGGGGGUGUACAAAAGAGUCGCGGAGGAACACGACGGUGAGUUCCUCGAGCGAUACACCGGCGAUAUGGACAUCGUCUUGGUCUUCUCCGGUCUUUUCUCAGCUGUCAGCACAUCUUUUAUAGUGGCGAUGGAGUCCAAUCUUAGUCCCGACCCCAGCGACACCACGAAUGCCCUUCUGAAGCAACUCGUGUACAUCGGACUCGGCAACUUCGCUGAAGCGGGCUCCACGCCCUUAGACCCAGCAUCUACGUGGUCGGCGACUGCGCCGGUUCUGAGGAUCCAAAUGAUCGCAUACGCAAGCUUGUCUAUGAGCUUGCUAGCAGCAUUCGGAGCCGUACUAGGCAAGCAGUGG